UGGGACCAUCCAAAUAAAGUGUUACCAAUAAUAAUACAACUGCGUAGUCACUAUACUGUAGCUUGGCUUGGUCAAUUUUAUGACACUUCAAAGCCAGACAGAUCAGAUAAGUAUUUUGGAAGACAAGCUUCAAAGAGUUAACAUUACUUGUGGCAUGUGCCUUUGUCUAAUUUAAUAAGCUUUGAAGUAGAUCUGGUUAGGAAUUUUCUGGAAUGUUCAAACCCCAAUCACCACAGCAAGCCACACAGACAAUAGUCUGUAUUAAAUUUUGUGUGAGUGUGCUUGUGUGUGUGUGUGAGUGUGUGUGGUGCCCUGUGAUUGGACUGACGCCCCGGGGUGUAGUCGCACCUUGCAUUGCCCUGUGUCUGUCGCGACCCCCUAAAGGAUUAAGCAGUUAUGAUAAUGAAUGGAUGGAUGUUUUCAUGUUAUGUUUUUAUAUUGCUAUUUCCAUUUUGUUGUUGUGUGUACAGAAUGGACAGCAUCAGUGAUUGACAGUGGACGGUUUGUUUCUCAACAUACACACACCUGUGAUUCAUGGAGCUGCAGGUUUAAGCCAGAAACUCGACAUUGCUACAAACAGAUCCAGUGCAGACACAGCUGUGAUCCCUAUGCAAUUUCCAACGGCGUUGUGUCUUGUGCUUCUCAUUUCGAAGGAGAAAGUUGCUCUGUGAAUUGCUACAGACUUUAUAAUCUCAAAGGCCCCUCCCGUAUCCGAUGUACCCGUUCUGGAUGGUCAAGUUUUCCCUACUGCAUCGAAAGUGGAAAUUGUGGCUAUGACUUUGAGAGAGGACCCCAUUUCAUCCAGUGCUUGUCAAGGCUUUGGUUGGAGGCAGGUUGUAGCCUCAACACCAACGGGUCUCCUACCAGGAACCCCGAUUUGGUCAGAAAAUGGAACACCAUGACUGUGGAUGAGGUGAGGAGAGACAUGGCCGAAUACCCAAGGGAUGGCCUAAUUACUUAUAACCCCUACUGCCAGGAAAAUGAGGAGUGCUUCCCUGCCCAUGCAACGGUGCUCACUAGUGAUGGCUCGAGGAGGACCAUGGCAGAGCUGCGCUUGGGGGACAGGGUGUUGGCAGUCAAUGCUGCUGGUCAGCCCACCUUCAGCGAGGUCCUCCUGUGGCUGGACCGGCGGAGCACAGGAAGGGAGCACUACCUCCUGCUGGACACGGAGGGCUCCGAGGAGACCCUGUACAUCACCCCCAAUCAUGUUCUCUUCAUCGCCCCCGACAACACAACUACUAGUGCCACAGCCACCCGCAGGGUCCCAGCUUUCGCCAAAGACAUUCUCCCGGGACACCUUCUCUACCGACACGACCCCAGCACUGGAUCACUGGAGGCCAAACGCGUGACCGACGUGCGCGAGUCAGAGAGCCUGGGGGCCUACGCCCCCCUCACUGUGGAGGGGAACCUGGUGGUGGGCGGACACCUGGUAUCCUGCUACACCUUGCAGUGCCGGCAGCAUCUCGCUCAUCUCCCCUUCGCCCCCUACAGGCUCCUCCACACUCUGCGCUCCUCCAUCCCUUUCCUCGGGGACCUGCUGCUGCCCUCCCCAUGGCAGGGAGAGGACAGAGAGGUUGGGGGGCAGGAAGGCAUGCACUGGUACGCCAAUGCCUGGUACCAGCUGGGGCUCUGGAUGGGGUAUCCGUUUGGGGAGACGUGCUAUCCCAGCGAGCUGCAGAGAUACCACUACCCCAGACCUGCUACUGAUCCACUGUGA